UUGUCUUUUAAAUUUAAAUUUCUAAACUUUUCUUAGGACAUUAAGCUUCCUUUGAUCUCUUCUCUUCUGAAUUGCAGAAAUCAGAUAAAACUAUUGGUAAAAUGACCUCUUGUCACAUUACUGAAGAACCUAUAAAAAAGAUUGCUAUCUUUGGAGGAACUCAUGGGAACGAGCUAACGGGAGUAUUUCUAGUUAAGCACUGGCUGGAGAAUGAUGCUGAGAUUCAGAGAACAGGGAUGGAAGUAAAACCAUUUAUUACCAACCCAAGAGCGGUGAAGAAGUGUACCAGAUAUAUUGACUGUGAUCUGAAUCGUGUUUUUGACCUUGAAAAUCUUGGCAAAAAGAUGUCAGAGGAUUUGCCAUAUGAAGUGAAAAGGGCUCAAGAAAUAAAUCAUUUAUUUGGUCCAAAAAAUAGUGAAGAUUCCUAUGACAUCAUUUUUGACCUUCACAACACAACUUCUAACAUGGGGUGCACCCUUAUUCUUGAAGAUUCCAGGAAUGACUUUUUAAUUCAGAUGUUUCAUUAUAUUAAGACUUCUUUGGCUCCAUUACCCUGCUAUGUUUAUCUCAUUGAGCAUCCUUCCCUCCAGUACGCAACCUCGCGUUCCGUAGCCAAGUAUCCUGUUGGUAUUGAAGUUGGCCCCCAACCCCAAGGUGUUCUGAGAGCUGAUAUUUUGGAUCAAAUGAGAAAAAUGAUUAAACAUGCUCUUGAUUUUAUAUAUCAGUUUAAUGAAGGAAAAGAAUUUCCUCCCUGUGCCAUUGAGGUCUAUAAAAUAAUGGAGAAAGUUGAUUAUCCUAGGAAUGAAAAUGGAGAAAUAGCUGCUAUUAUCCACCCGAAUCUGCAGGAUCAAGACUGGAAACCGUUGCACCCUGGGGACCCCACCUUUGUGACUCUUGAUGGAAAAACUAUCCUGUUGGGUGGAGACUGUACCGUGUACCCUGUGUUUGUGAACGAGGCUGCUUAUUACGAAAAGAAAGAAGCUUUCGCAAAGACAACAAAAGUCACUCUCAAUGCAAAAAGUAUUCGCUCCUCUUUCCACUAG